AGUCCAGUCACGAACUCCCAACAGCUUCAUCUCAAAUUGCAAUCAUAUCUGCAUAUCCGUCUCCACUGUCACCUUGGCAAGAUUACUCCCAGAAGGGAAAACUAAUGUGAUCUGGCGCUCGUCACUGUCACCGUCACUGUCGACACCAGUGUCCACAUCGACACCGCCGGCAUGGAUUUGAUAUCAUCGUGUUUUGGAGGCCGCACGAGGCGUGCGGACGAGGAGGAACCUCUGUUGUCUCAUUACGACGAUGAUACCGUGUUGCAGAGAAAGCUGCACCAGAAAUUACAUACCUACCAGAUGCUGCGUGCCCUUUCCAAGGGAUACAUGCCGUCCAACGACCAAGCCAUCGCCAACCUUCGAACCCUUCUCUCCUCCGAUAUUCUGAAUCCAGACAACUCCGGCCUCAGCGACUCGGGACGGGCACUUGUUUUCUACUCCCGGAAAUGGAUUACCCAACUCAUUCAGCUCUUAGAGCACAAGAACAGCCAGGACCAGAUCCAGGAUUUCCUAUGGUACCUCUCCAAGGCUCGUGUGUCCGUCGACAUGGAACAAAUCGCCGAACGUGCUACCAAGGCUAAAGCCAAGGCUGAUACCGCUGCCGUGUAUAAGAGCAUCCAGACAGUCGGGUCCUUGCUUUUGACCAACUCCGACUUUCGUCUCUUCCUCUCGGAUCUUGGUGUAGUUUCUCGCGAGGUGUUUCGCGAUACUGCAUUUGCCCUUUCCGCCGCAUCCAAAGAGGCAGGUGAGCGCCUGGAGCCUUGGAAGGAUGAGAGAGAAUCAAUAGCAAAACCGGGGAACGACGAAACAGCCGACAAACCAGUCCAGCAGGACUUGGAGGCUGAGGUUGCCGAAGUUGGGCAGGUGCUUGGAGACACUGUCGCAACUGUCGCUCAGGAAGCCGAAAGCAGCAUCAUCAACAAGCUACAUAGCGACGAGACGGAUACUCUGCUAUACCGUCUCAAGCAGGCGGUCACCAAGCUGCGAGACCGCAGGGACUACUCGGAUUCAGUAUCGACAUUCUCGCUCCUCCUAAAACGAUAUGCUAUGGUAUACUCGCGCAUCGCUCGCGAUACACUCCAGACUACUGAGGAAGCCGUUGAUCAUAACCCAGAGAUGGAUAAGGCUCUCGAAAACUUCUGGCUCUUCAUCAAGUCCUUUGGCGAACAGAAAGAAUGGGAGGAAUUGGAAAAGAGGUUCAAGCUGGUCAUGGACCAUGCCCACAGCGACCCCGAAUUCGAGAAGCUGAUCAAUGAGCUAGGCAACGCUGCCCAGGAGAUGUUCACCGACCCGUCCUUCUUUGACCAUGCCGAGGAGCGUUUCCAGGAGCUCCGAGAUCGGUCUCAACAGCUCACUUCUCGCUCUUCCCUGCGUGAUGACAUUGAUGGUUUGUUGUCACAGUUGCAAUCCACCUUCCAUUCUGUUAUGCGUGAUCGUGAUAUCUUAGGUCUGCUUCAGACUACGGCCGCCAUUGGCAAGAUCUUGUCACCAAAACAGCACUACAUUAACACAGACCUUGUGACCGACUGCAUCAACGUUUUUGUUCCAUUGCUCAUUCAAGCAAUCAACUACAUUCCUAUUCCCCGACUGGAGAUCGCUACGCCAGAGAUUGACAUCUUGCUUGAAAACCUCAUCCUAGAGCCUGGCAAGACAAUCAACCACACUUCUUUCUUCCCAUACAAGCUUCGUAUUGAGACCCUCAACGACAUUGAAAUCCGCAAAGCCAGAUUCCGCACAACAUCAGCAAUGAAGAGUCUAGUGAGAAUCAAGAUCGAUGGACUCUCGGUCCGCGCCGAAGAAGUCGGCUUCUGGAUGAAGGUACACACCGGCUUACUGCGCUACGUCGACGAAGGAAUCGCUUCCUUUGCAAUGGAUGAAAGAGGUAUGGAUCUCGAGAUCGACGUAGAAGUUGGUCGAGACAGGAUGGACAAAAUUCUCUCCCUCCGCAGCGUCCGAUGCGAAAUCCACAAGCUCGAUUUCACCUUGCGCCAAAGCAAGUUCAGUUGGCUUGCCUGGCUCUUCAAGCCCUUCGUGAAGCCCGUCAUCAAGAAGACGAUCGAGAUGCAAAUCGCCAUGGGCAUCGCCCAAUCCUUACAGUUUGCCAACCGCGAGAUCCUGUUCGCUAGGGAGAGACUUCGCGCCACGCGCAUUGCGGAUCCGGAUGAUCUCAAGACGUUCUUCAAGGCUGUCUUGGCGAGGUUGACGCCUCCUGAUGAUCCGGAUGUCAACAUACGGCUGGGUAUCACGGAUCCUGGAAGGGGCGUGUUUGAUGGAGUGUAUGCUCCUGGAAGUAUCGUCAAGUUGUGGAAUGAAGAGGCUACGCAGGCGUCACAGAGGAUUCGAGAGAAUGAUCAGGAUGGAUGGAGGAAUAGCGUGUUUGACGUUCACACUACCUUGAUGACAUGA